CCGGAUGUCGAAGCUUAAAGCUGCAAAAUCCCCCAGUCCAGGUUUUCAGUCCAUUUAAAAGAUCGCUCAUAGCGACGUGGUUGGAGGAAGGAGCAUCGGCUUGAGGAAACUAACCUAAGGCAGAGUAUUGUCCCAGAGUAUUUAACGGCACAAACAAAAUGGCAUCGGGAUUUGCUGAUGAGAAAAAUGGAAAAAAAUGCGGAAGAGCACAACAUUUAGCUUCCUGUCCCCAUUUGUUAACAAUCCACAUUUGGACUCCAUGAAAGAAGAUAUUCUGUACCAUUUCAAUCUGAAUACCGGCACGCUUAAUUUUCCUGCAAAGUUCGGAGAUGUCAAAUUUGUGUGUGUUGGGGGUAGUCCAUGGAGGAUGAAGUCUUUCGCUGAGUACAUUGCUGGAGAGCUGGGUCUUGCAGUUCCAAACGCAGAGUACCCAAACAUCUGUGAGAGCACAGAUCGAUAUGCCAUGUACAAAGUAGGACCUGUCCUGUCUGUUAGUCAUGGCAUGGGCAUCCCCUCAAUUUCGAUAAUGUUACAUGAGCUCAUCAAGCUCCUCUACCAUGCACGCUGCACUGAUGUUACAAUAGUGCGCCUCGGAACCUCUGGUGGAAUAGGUUUACAUCCAGGCACAGUGGUGAUCACCAAGCAGCCAAUGGAUGCCACAUUCUUGCCCCGCUUCGAGCAAGUCAUCCUGGGCAAGUCAGUGGUGAGAAGCACCGAACUGGAUGGAGAUCUUGCAGAGGAGCUGCUACAGUGCGGCAAAGAUCUAGCAGAGUUCGACACGGUCAUUGCUAACACAAUGUGCACGCUGGACUUCUACGAAGGUCAAGCUCGUUUGGACGGGGCUUUCUGUUCUUACACCGAGGAGGACAAGCAAAACUACCUGGCCAAGGCCUAUGCAGCAGGAGUGCGCAACAUUGAGAUGGAGUCUUCUGUUUUUGCUGCCAUGUGCAAACUGAGUAACCUACGAGCGGCAGUGGUUUGUGUGACACUGCUGGACCGGCAGAAAGGAGACCAGCUCAGCAGUUCUCAUGAUGUCCUGCACAGCUACCAACAACGGCCACAGAUCCUAGUUGGACAUUACAUCAAAAAGAAGCUUAAUGCUUCCAAGAAAAGUUAGGCUUCAUAUUUAUGAAUGUGGAAUGUAUGUGAAGCCAAAACCUCAGUGUAAUUUCAUUAUUUUGUAAUGUUUGAUUUAACCUCUGCAGCUAGUCUUAGUCAUGUACUGCUUAUGCACGCAUUUGAACAUAGUUAAAAUUUGGAAACGGAAAGGAACAUUUUUUAAAUCUUGUUUUUAUACUGCUUAUUUGAAAUAACUUUAAAAAAAUAUAUUUUUAGAGGGAUGAAGGGUUUUGCUCACUGUUUUGCAUUUCGUCUGUCAAUGUGUCAGUGUUCCUAACAACUCUAUUAAGGUAUAAAGAUUUAAAACCACCUGUCUACAGUUCAUAACCCUCACUCUAACACAUCCAGAAACAAACAUUCUUUUGUUUCUUUUCAGUGUGGUCAAUGCAUGACUAUGCAGUGAACUGUUAACCAUGCUUGAGAGUUUGUUCUUAAGGAAAGGAGGAUAUUAAGGCUGCAUGGCUUUGUUUUUUGACUUCUAUUAGCGACCCUUGCAGGACCUGUUGGCAAGCUUUAACAUUCUUUAUGAAACUCUGCUGAUAACAUAGCUGUAAGCAGUGUUACAGUUCCAGUGUUACAGUUUGAACUUCAUUCAAACUUAGCUCCUGAGGGGGUCCACCCUCUUCAUUCAUUGCAAUACUCUUCAUGCAAACCUUUCACCAAAAGACA